AUGGACAAAAGCACAGCCGCAACUCGUUCGUUCUCUCUUGGCGUCGAAUCUGUUGAAGACCGGAAGAAAUCGCUGCCGGUCACCGCUCGCUGCUGCUCACCGGUCGCUGCUGCUGCUUGCCGCUCACUACUGCUGCUCGCCGCCUACUGCUGCUGGUGGUCGCCGAUUUCACUGCCCCAUCCUCCAUCUGCCUUCGUCUUCAACAUCACAUCACACAGAAAAGGUUUGAGUUUGCACAAACAAUCAUGGUACAAGUUAGGAACAACCAUUAAGGAAAAGUAUGGCAUGGAUUUGAGUCAACGACAAUUAAAAAACGCCUAUGAUAACCUUAAAGCCAAAUACACAGGAUGGUUAUACUUAAAAAAUAAAACUGGAAACCUUUACAAUCCCCAAACAAAUACUUUUAAUUUAACAAAUGAGGAGUGGGAGGACUUUAAAAAGGGACAUCCGAAAGCCGCUUCUUUGAAAACUGUCCCAUUAUUGUUUCCAGAGCUUUGUGCAGAACUUUUUGAUGGAAACAGUGCAUCUGGUAAUCUCAGUUAUGCCACAUCCCAAACACCAUCGGGACAUGGAUCAUCUUCUUUCCAUGUCGCACCACUACAUCUUAUGGACGCCCCUUCUAUUAACAUAGAUGAGGAUGAUUUCUUUUCCAAUCAUACUAGUGAGCAUUUUACUCAGCCUUCACCUUCUGCUGCUUCACCUUCUGGUAACCCCAACAAAAGGGCCAAACCCUCAACUCCUAGACCUAGAGCUCCUAGUGCCUCACCUGAUCCACCUUCUUCUGCCUCGCCUAAAGCUUCUAUUACUGCUGAUGAUUUAGCAUUGGAGAUGCAAAAAGCUCUACGUCAUUUGACUCAAGGGCCAACAAUUCCCCAAUGUUUAGAGAAACUUGAGUUGCUCGAGUUAGACCCAAUAGACCCUCUACGAUUUGCUGCGUAUCACAUUUUUGGAGGGACCAUGAAUAUGAGAGAGAUGUGGGUAAAUUUGCCUAAUGAUCCACGAAUAUUAAGAGGAUGGAUCGAGAUGACAGCUACAAGUUUGGGAGUUUUAAAGGAUGGAAAGAUCGUUUGUUAA